GGCUGCACAGCGGGGGCUUCACUGGAGGGUUGCGCUACUCACUGACAACAUCUCACCUACUACAUCUCUGUGUGUCCGACAUGAGACCAAUGUGGAUCCUGUUGCCCCUCGCUGUGGUGUCUGCACUUCUGUGUGACACUGUCUAUUUGCAAGGUACAGGGAACAUCACUGGAGAUUGCUGCAUUGCAACCCGUGACAGGCGCAUCUCCUCGGGGGUCUUCAAAGCCUAUCGGAUUCAGAGCCAGAAUACGGGGUGCCCCAUAGCCGCUGUGGUGCUCAUCACUAAAAACAACAGGAGUCUGUGUGUCACCCCAGGGCUGAGUUGGGUCAGAAAAUUGAUGAAGAGGUUGGACAAAAUGGGACAGAAAUCAGGAAAAAAGGAAGAAUGCGGCAAGAGGAGCAAGAGAAAGAAUCUUCCAACUGAUGAAUAAUGAGGAUGAGGAUGGAGCAGCAGAACCAGCGACAGCCGUGUGUCUGACCUCGGCAGUGUCUCCAAUGGAAGAUCUCUGGUGGCACCAACCAUGGGUCCAUUCCUUCUCUUCUUUUUAUGCUCAAAAAUCGACUACAAAAUCUUGCCGUUUGUGAUUUUUACUCUUUGGGCUUCUUCUGUUCCUGUUGGGUUUCAUAUAUUUGUGUCGACAAACUCAACAGUUUGCCUCUUGGUAUAUGGGAUUUAUUCCUCUGUGUAUUCAGCCUGAGGCUUCUCUUGCUUAAAGCUUAUGUUGUAAGGAAAUGCUUGGUUCCUAUAUCACACAUUUGUGUAUUAUGGUGCAUAGAUAUCUACUGCUUUGUCUAAUUUAAUGGUAAGGAAUUUAACAUUUUGAAAUCCCCUUUGGACCACAUGAGGGUUUGUAUUGAUUGCAGGUGGGGCGCCAUAUUGGUUUUUUUUUUAUAGAAGAGCCAUUAGUCCCUAACUGCAAAAACACAAGAACAAUGUUUAUAAGUGAAGUUCUGCUGAUGUUUAUUGAGCACACUUAAGCAAUAUGGCAGCUCCAGCUAUGAAUAAACUCAAAUAUGAUUCAAGA